AAGUUUGUCUCUUUCUAUUCCAUUCCAGUAGUCAGUCAGGAGAAAAAGAAUAUUUGCUCCUUUAGUCUCAGAACAUAGCCUAAAAGGAUAUUUUCACCUUAUCUGCCUGAUGGAGGGUAACUUCGACGAGCCGAACAAGCUUCCGGAGCUUAAACUCGAUGCUAAGCAGGCGCAAGGGUUUCUCUCCUUCUUCAAAACCCUACCAAAUGACUCGAGAGCUGUUAGGUUCUUUGAUCGCAAGGAUUAUUAUACAGCUCAUGGAGAGAACUCAGUUUUCAUCGCACAGACUUAUUACCACACAACCACUGCUCUACGUCAGAUUGGGAGUGGAGCAAACGCUCUUUCGAGCGUCAGCAUCAGUAAGAACAUGUUCGAAACGAUCGUUAGGGAUCUUCUCCUGGAGCGGAAUGAUCAUACCGUGGAGCUUUACGAAGGAAGCGGGUCGAAUUGGAGGCUUGUGAAAGCAGGUUCUCCUGGAAACAUUGGGAGCUUUGAAGAUGUUCUGUUUGCGAACAACGAGAUGCAGGACACGCCUGUUGUUGUCUCCUUGUUUCCGAGUUUUCAGGAGGGGAGAUGCGUUGUUGGGAUGGCUUAUGCUGAUCUCACCAGGCGGGUUCUUGGACUAGCUGAGUUUAUUGAUGAUAGUCGUUUCACUAACCUGGAGUCUUCUCUCGUUGCUAUAGGUGCAAAAGAGUGCAUCUUUCCAGCUGAGUCUGGCAAAACUAAUGAGUGCAAAAGUUUGCGUGAGUCUCUGGAGAGGUGUGGUGUGAUGACAACAGAGAGAAGUCGUCAGGAGUUUAAAGGAAGAGACUUAGAAUCAGAUCUAAAGAGAUUGGUGAAGGGGAAUAUUGAACCUGUUAGAGAUUUGAUCUCUGGGUUUGAGCUUGCCACCCCUGCUCUAGGUGCAUUACUCUCGUUCUCUGAACUUCUUUCCGACGAGGGUAACUAUGGGAACUUCGCAAUACGCAGAUAUGAUAUCGGCGGAUUCAUGAGACUCGACUCUGCAGCUAUGAGGGCGUUGAAUGUGAUGGAGAGCAAAACUGAUGCAAACAAGAACUUCAGUUUGUUUGGUCUCAUGAACAGAACAUGUACCGCAGGGAUGGGGAAGAGACUGCUUCAUAUGUGGCUCAAGCAACCUCUUGUGGAUUUGAAUGAGAUUACGAUGAGACUAGAUAUAGUUCAGUGCUUUGUUGAAGAAGCUGGGUUAAGGCAAGAUCUUAGACAGCAUCUGAAGCGUAUCUCAGAUGUUGAGAGGCUUGUCCGGAGUCUCGAGAGAAGAAGAGGCGGUUUACAGCACGUUAUCAAACUCUAUCAGUCAGCUAUAAGGCUUCCCUUCAUCAAAACAUCACUGCAUCAGUACACUGGAGAAUUCUCAUCACUCAUCAGCAAGAGAUACGUGAAAAGGCUUGAGGCUUUAUCAGACGCAGAUCACCUCGGCAAGUUCAUUGAUCUGGUAGAGUACUCUGUAGAUCUUGACCAGCUAGAGAACGGAGAGUACAUGAUCUCCUCAAGCUACGACACCACGUUAUCAUCUCUCAAAGAUCAGAAAGUGUCGCUGGAGCAGCAGAUACACGAACUGCACAAAAAGACAGCUAUAGAACUCGAUCUUCCGGUGGACAAGGCCUUGAAACUUGACAAAGCAGCGCAAUUCGGACAUGUGUUCAGGAUCACGAAGAAGGAAGAGCCGAAGAUCAGGAAGAAGCUGACGACACAGUUCAUGGUGCUGGAGACUCGCAAAGACGGAGUGAAGUUCACAAACACAAAGCUUAAGAAACUUGGGGACCAGUACCAAAGUGUUGUGGACGAUUAUAAAAGCUGUCAAAAGGAGCUGGUUGAUCGUGUAGUUCAGAUUGUUGCCAGCUUCUCCGAGGUGUUUGAGGAGCUAGCCGGGAUGCUCUCUGAGAUGGAUGUUUUGCUAAGCUUUGCUGAUUUGGCUGCCAGUUGCCCUACACCAUACUGUAGACCAGAAAUCACCUCUUCGGAUGUUGGAAACAUUGUACUAGAAGGAAGCAGACAUCCGUGCGUAGAAGCUCAAGAUUGGGUGAACUUUAUACCAAAUGACUGUAGACUUGUGAGAGGAGAGAGUUGGUUUCAAAUAAUAACGGGACCUAACAUGGGAGGGAAGUCCACUUUCAUUCGCCAGGUCGGUGUGACUGUACUGAUGGCUCAAGUUGGUUCCUUUGUUCCUUGCGAUAAAGCUUCAGUUUCCAUCAGAGACUGUAUCUUUGCACGUGUAGGAGCAGGCGAUUGCCAACUGCGUGGAGUGUCUACUUUUAUGCAAGAAAUGCUAGAAACAGCGUCGAUAUUAAAAGGAGCUACUGAUAAGUCACUGAUAAUCAUCGAUGAACUGGGCCGUGGAACAUCAACAUAUGAUGGUUUUGGUUUAGCAUGGGCUAUAUGUGAGCAUCUGGUUCAAGUGAAGAAAGCUCCUACUCUGUUUGCUACCCACUUCCAUGAACUUACUGCCUUGGCUCAAGCAAACUCUGAGGUUGCAGGUAACACCGUUGGUGUUGCAAACUUCCAUGUCAGCGCACAUAUUGACACAGAAAGCCGCAAACUCACCAUGCUUUACAAGGUUGAACCAGGGGCAUGUGACCAGAGCUUUGGGAUCCAUGUGGCUGAGUUUGCCAACUUCCCUGAAAGCGUAGUGGCGCUCGCAAGGGAGAAAGCUGCAGAACUGGAAGAUUUCUCCCCCAGAGAGGAGAGUGGGAAGAGAAAGAGCAGAGAAGAUGAUCCAGAGGAAAUAUCAAGAGGGACAGCCCGAGCUCACAAGUUUCUGAAAGAAUUUGCAGAGAUACCAGUUGAUAAAAUGGAGCUAAAAGAUUCACUUAAACGCCUAUGCGAGUUGAAAGAUGAGUUAGAGAAAGAUGCUGUGGACUGCCACUGGCUAAAGCAGGUCCUCUGAAACAGCCGUGCAAUUCACUUCAGUUGCUUUUUUUCCAGUUCCAUUUUUUGUAAAUUAUCUCUCUCUCUCUCUCGGCUCUUGAAGACUUUUGUACUUGUUCUUUGGGAUUUACUGAUUAGGCGGAUGAAGACGAAACAACACUUGAUUUUGUUGAUCUUUUAUGACGAAAACAGCACUUCUUUCUGAACAGAAUCGAGUUUAUCAUA